UUACAAUAGAUAUAAGAAUGUCAUGGUGUUACACAGGCUCUGGCUCUUCACAAAAUCUUCCUCUGAGACUCUGAAGGCAACAAUUUAAAAACCAAAGUUCAUCAUGGCAAUGCUGAAAAGUUGUCUACUACUUUUCAUUAUCUUCUCCAUGGGGAAUACAGAAGUGAAUGUUACAAGAAAUGUUAAUAGACUGGGUGCAGUUGGUUUAUCCAGAAGAUGCCCCGCUACAUGGAUAAAACUUGCACUCCGAUGCUACAAGUUCAUUUCUGAUCCGAGUAACUGGAUCACAGCAGAGAGAAACUGUCAAAGUCUUGGUGCGAAUCUCGCAUCUGUGCGUAAUAACCUGGAAAAUAAAUUCCUGCUGAGUCUGUUGCCUUCUUCUUCCACACGUGCUUGGGUUGGUGGUCAUGAUGCUGUACAAGAAGGACAGUGGUUGUGGAGUGAUGGAACUGUGUUUUCGUAUACCAACUGGUGGACUGGAGAACCUAACAAUGCUGGUUUUCCUGACAAUCACCAGGGCGCCGAGAACUGUUUGGAGAUCAACUAUUCCUCUAAACGUUGCUGGAACGAUGCGCCCUGUUCAACCUCAAUGUCCUGUAUCUGUGUUAAGGACCUGUGAGACCGUCAUCCUGUUCCACUGUUACUUUGAUUCUACAUUUUUCCAAUAUUACAAAAAUGUUAUUCUGAAAUCAAAUCUCUUCUAAAUGUUAAUCUCUUUUCCAUAUCUUCACUGAAACACUCAAAUUAAUAAAAACAUUGAAAAAGCAAAUUGUGCAUUGUGGACAAUCAAAU